CCGCCCCAGACACCGCUUCCGGUCCCGCCCCGGAUGUGGGGCCUGUUAGGCCAAGCUUGGGGCGGGCGGGAGCUGUGAGACUCGGGCGGUGGCAGACCGGGACAGGCCCAUCGAUGCGGAGUCCGCAGCGACUCCCUGAGCCCCUGAACGGUUGGGCCGAGCCGGGAAGCUCACGGGCAUGGGGCCUGCUGCCCUGCCUCAGGAAGGCGGCUGUGGCGGCGGCGCAUAUCAGCGCGAUCGGACUGAGCGUGUACCUGGGGCUGCUGAGCCGGCUCGGGACCAGUCGUUUCUCUUGGCACCCAGCUUGCAUGACUACAGCUGUUUGUUUUUGUAUGACUGAGGCCAUUCUGACCUUUUCACUGGACAGUUCACCCUUCUUCUUUUGUUCGAUUAAAGCCAAGGUACGAAUUCACUGGAUGAUGCAAGUCUUUGCCGCCAUUUUUGGCUCAGUCGGUCUUAUCUUCAUUGUCUCCAGCAAGAACAUCUCCGAGUCCCUGCACCUGACCUCGUGGCACAGCUUCCUUGGCCUAGGGACUGUGAUCGCGGUCUGUGGCCAGCUACUGUGCGGACUCUUCCUUUUGUUUCCACAAUUAAUUAACACUUACUCUGUGGCCCGGCUGCGGCUUUAUCAUGCUACAUGUGGUUUGGUGACUUAUCUGAUGGCCACAGCUACAGUGGUACUGGGUCUGUGCUCAGAUUGGUUCAAAUCCCAGGUUAACGGGGUUUUGUGGUACAUUUGUUUGAUUGUACCAGUAAUUCCAGCUCUCGUCAUCAUGAACCAAAUCAACAAUGGCUACCUCUCCAAGAAGAAAAUAGAGAUUUAAUGUGUCACUGUUAACAGUUAUUGCCGCAGGCAGUGUGAACACCACCUCUGUUAGACCAAAUAAGAAUGAACUUGAAACCUUAUGUGAAGCUGGCAAAGUAAUUCAGCAAUUGAUUGGCCUGAGCAAAUCACUUUCUCACUUGAACAAGCUUUUAAAAAUCUUUAGUACUGUAUUUUCACCAUUGAUUCCACAUUUGGCUGGGUGGCAACUGGGAAUCACUGCUGGUUUUGGCAAAUUGCUGCCUUUCUGCUCACUGUAGGCUCUGAUAAUUGCAAUUUUAAUUGCUAAUGGGGGCAAUUGAUUUUUAAGUUAAGGAUCAGAUGGAUAUAAACAAGCAUCUUUGUGAAUUGCUGUUUGGGCAUUGCUGCUGUGCAUUGGGAGGGUGACUAUAUGCUUGAUGUUUCUAAGCACCUUGAACACACUAUAUUACAUGAGAGUUGCAAAACCUUUGCGGCAGAGGGAGAAGGAAUCUAGUCAACUGGAUCGCUCGGUUUGCUACACUGUACUGCCUGUCAAAAUAUAGCAAAUAUUUAAAAUCACAAAGUGCAGCAACAUAUGCCGAUUUAUUUUUAUAUAUUUGUAUAACUGUUAACAGUGAAAAUGGAAAUGCUCUAAUGAUUAUAUUGCUCUUAGGAUAAAUAUGCAGUGCUGCAUCUCAAAUAAUUCUUUAAGUUGUUGCAAUCUGAGGUUUCUGAUUCUUUGCACCAUCUCUAGAGCUUCGUUACAGAUAUAAUCAAUCCUGUGAAUAAUCAAGUUGUAAAAUUACAUUCGUGAACUUUGUUCAGGCCUCUCUGCUCCUUUUAGGGAAUGAAUAAGGUUUGUGAUUAGCUCAUGUGUGAGUGUGUCCAAUAAUGUUAUACUCAUUUGUUGUGCUGCAUGUGAUUUUAUUCUCCAGUAGCUUGGUUUUGUUACAAAUUUCAGGAUCUAAAAAAAAUCUAUUUCUUCAAGCAGCCUAAUAGAACUUAAACUUAGGCACUGGAAUUAAUUGGAUUGUCAGAAGGAGUCAUCCACCAUGAUCUAAAGUAUGUUCCAGCUACAGUCAAGGCAGGGAGAGAGUGGGAGUUAUCAAUUAGAUCUAAUUAAGGAGUUCAGAGGGUUUAUAUGUAGAAUAAUGGAUAUCUAGAAACAAGUUACAGAUUGUAAUAUAUCAGUAAUUGGAAUUAUAUGUAGAGCAACAAAAAUCUGGAAAUGAGUUACAGCUUGGAUUGUUGAAGUUGAAUGUGCAGUUCAUGCCACAUUUGAUUAAGUAAAUCAAUAGCUGGGCAAUAAUGUUUGUUGGAACUUAUCAAGUCUUUAAUUAUAGAGCUUAACUCAAUGUAUUGCUGAAAUUGCACAGACUGGUUUAGAGAGCGAGUGCAUCACUGCUGGAAUUGAGAUCCUAGUACCUGGAAUUCCAGGUCUAGGCAGUGAAAAGGAUGACCAUCUCAAUUCAGUUUCUGAUGUGCCACAACUCAGGCUUGAUUCUACUUUCAUCCCUGUGUGCUUAGCUGAUCUAGAAAAUGGGAAUGGUGCAAUUGUAUGCGAAGGUAUACUUUUUUGUUUGGAGCUUUAUUGAAAAAUGAAAGACCUCAGUUGUACUGAGUUUAUUUGUCCAUGAAUUGGGCAGUGAGUAUGCUUGCCAUUGCCUUGUUUUCAGCAAUAACUCCUGUACUAUAUUAAUGACCAAACUUUUCCAGAAAUUUAAACUAUGCAGUCAAUAUCCUGGACUGUCAGGCAUUUUGAAAUUGCUUUUUUUUUUACUUGAUAUUUUAUAUCUAAUUAGCUGCAAAUGCUAAGUUGGUCCGAAAGGUUGCAGGAUUUUUUUUUAAACAAAAGGUCUGGUUUCUGAUCUAGCUUUAGUUGUACCAGUGUUGAAUCUUGGCUAUAUUGUAUGUGGCUCAGUAAUUUCAUUUUAUGCAUGAUUGGAGAGGAAUUAACCAUCGUGCCCAUUUUACUUUUCUGUAUUAUGAGGAUCCUUUAUUCUCACAGGCAGCUUUGUUCUCUUGCAAUGUCUAUUUACUGGCACCAGAGGUUGUAGUUCCCCAGGAUUUUAAACGAGGCUUGAAUGUCACUUACAUUCAAGUAACAUUGUUGUAUGAACCUCUCACUUUGCCCCUACUUUGUAAUGAUUUUUGAAUGAAUGCAAUCAAAUAAUGAUCCUUUAUCUGAUCUGUACACUUUCCAAAUAAUGGGGUUACUUGAAAAAUCGCAACAGCCUAAAAAUGUGCAGAAAAUGGGCAUAGUUUCAAGCAGAUUGAAUGCUUGUUUGAAUAUGGGGCAGAUGUUACUCUGUUGGAAGCGAAACCUUUCUUAGAAUGUUUGAUUGCUGUCCCUGCCAUUGCCCUUCUCUAAUACCUAAAGGCCACAUGACUUACCCAGUCUGAUGUUUGCAAUGGGACCUUAUAAUACAGUUGAAGUGGUUUGCUGGUGAUGUCAAACAGGCAUUGUUCUGUUGGCUCAUCCUGAGCUAUAUCCUCCAACAGUACUUAAUAAAUAGCACCAGCUAUAGCUUCUCCAUCAUUAACAAAGGUUUUCAACUUUUUCUUUCAAGUUUGAUCCUCAGUGAAUAGUAAGGGUACUGUACAUACAUGUUUAAUGGACUCAUGGUGCAUAUGAUCUUUAAUUAAAGUCAGCCGGUCCACUUAUAAGCUUCUAUGUUUAAGGAAGUUGCAGGCAGGCUAAGCACAACCCCAAUUUUUAUAAUGUGCAGUUUAUACGCCAGUUCUUUAAUCAGGCUAUUGAAUUGCAUUUCAGAUUGUCAGACUUCACACAGCAAUCAAUGAAGCACUUCAAUGCGGCACUAGCUUAUCAGGCAGGAUUAUGCACUGCACGCUUUGUUCAGUUUGUAAGGUGGCGAGAAUCCCAAAUGAGAUGGGUCCUUCAGCUGACUUUAAUUCUUCCAAUGUGCCCCCUAAUGUCUUCACAAUCCCCCCCCCUCCCCAAAUAUACCGCUGGCUUGAGCACCUAGUUGCACUGUAAGUGUUUCCACGGUUUCACCUGCAGCCCUCUACAAGCUGAUAUGAGCAGUAUGAAUUGAAUAUUAAUGUAAAGUUCAAACUCUUUCCUCCUGCUGGGUUUCCUACUACCUAAGACUCCAAUGAGUCAUUUGGAUUUUAUGAUUUAAUCUAUUUAAAGCACUCUCUAAGAUAAGAAUUUAAUCUUUUAAAAAAUUUGCAGUCUGUCAUUUUCCCAGCCACCUGUUUGUUCCUCGACACUGUCUUCAGUGAAUAAUUGAAUACAAAACAGAGCUCAAUCACCGCACCGUGCCGAGUUAGCUGGUUCCUGGUUUUACUUGUGCUAGUGUGAAGUAACCAUAGUCAGGCCAGGAUUCUUGUCCCUUGUUCCUGUCAAGUGACCCCACAGAGAACCAGUGUGCAUGCUAAAAGCAUAUUAGAUAAAUACCGAAUUGAGGUCAAUCGCGAUAUCACUUGUGGGCAAAUAGCCCACAUAAGCUGUAACCCUCAAUUUGGGAGUUCGAUGACAAGUACAUGGUUAGAGGCUUGCAACUGUUUUGACCAAAAUCAGUACCUUAGACCCGUCAUAAAUGUGUGGUACUGGGUUGUUUAGGAAUGAAAUCAGGAAGCAAGCACAAGAUAGUGGAAAUUUGCAAUACAUGUCCUCCCAAAAACCUGUGCAUGGUCAUGGACAGUGGCAGGUGUUAAGCAUGGUGCAUUCAGUGGCAGAAUCGAGUCUAAGGUCAAUGGAAUUUUGUUAGGGCAUGGAUAUAUUUAAGCAAUUCCUACUAUUUAAAUCAAAUGACAAGGACCAAUUUAAAGAGUCCAAUCUAUUGAAGAUAGGUAACGUGCCUGCCAGUUUCAGAGUUUUAACCAAACUGAUUUUAUUUAUGAGAAAUGCAAACUGACUUUAUUUUUGAAAACUAUCAGAUUUUAAUUAAUGUUUGAGGAGAAUGCUAUGUUUUCAUGUACUAAAAAUAAAUGGCUCUUUGUUUGAUUUGAUUGUGCAUGUAAACUGAACAAUUACUGUGGUCUGUCCUUUGAAAUCUGUUAUUUGAUGACACCGAUGGCUUUUUACCAUUAAUGGGAUGUGAGCAUUGCUAACAAUGUCAGUGUGAGUUGCUUUUUAGGGACUAAAUCAGUUUAGCUCUAUCACGGGUGUAUGGAUUUGCAUUCUUCCUUUUGAACCAUGAAAUUGGACUGAAACACGGUGUAAAAAGUGAGGUCUGCAGAUGCUGAAAAUGUGUUGCUGGUUAAAGUGCAGCAGGUCAGGCAGCAUCCAAGGAACAGGA